GCGGCUUUUCCUUUCAACAAACCAUAUAUCUCGUUCAUGACCGCUAUUGACGCGCCGACUAGACUGUUGAAUGCAGAGAACCAAGUUUGCGUAUCUAAGAACAUGCGCUGCGAUGCCAAAAGUCCGAAAACACCUGCUUCGAAGACUUCACACGUGAUAUAAUAGUCAUGCCUGGCAAGAUACUUUGCGUGGCCGAGAAACCGUCCAUUUCUAAAGCUGUAGCUGGUCAUCUUUCGGGAGGCCAAUUCACAACAAGAAAUGUCCACGGAAACCAAUAUGUGAAAAACUAUUGCUUCACAUUUGACUUUGGUCAUGCUUGGGGAAAUUGUCAAGUGGUCAUGACUUGUGUCUCUGGCCAUUUGACUGAAACGAAGUUCCCGGAUGAGUACGAAGGGGAUUGGACGUAUCCUCCACCUGAGAGUCUUUUCGGAGCUCCAGUAGAUGUAAAAGUUGCUAAAGACAAAGAGCCGAUCUCGAGAAAUAUAGAAAGCGAAGCAAGAGGAGCAAGAGCCCUCUUUAUCUGGACUGAUUGUGAUCGAGAGGGUGAGCAUAUUGGAGGCGAGGUUCGUGCAGAAGCUUUGAAGGGAAACCCACGCCUCCAGGUCAAAAGGGCUAGGUUCAGCAAUAUUGAACGAGCACAUGUCAUUCAAGCAGCCAAGAAUCCAAUUGACUUGGAUGAUCGUCAAGUUAGUGCUGUGGCUACCCGCAUCGAACUUGAUUUAAGGAUUGGUUUGUGCUUUACGAGAUACCUCACUAAUACUCUUCGCCCUCUUGGGGGCGCUUUGGAAAUUGGAGAAAAUGGUAAACGUCGAGUAAUCAGCUAUGGUUCAUGUCAGUUCCCGACCUUAGGCUUCGUUGUUGAUCGGUACUUCAGAGUCAUAAACUUUGUGUCCGAGCCCUUUUGGGGUAUCAAAGUUACGCACAAUCGAGACAAUAUCAAUGUUAACUUCGGUUGGAGGCGGGGACACCUUUUCGACCGUGCAGUUGUCGUCAUUCUCUACGAGCGAUGCAUACUUGCGAAGUUCGCGAAGGUUACCAAGAUCCAGUCUAAGCCAACCAGCAAAUGGAAGCCACUGCCGUUGACAACAGUGGAGUUGCAAAAGAAUGCCUCUCGAUUUCUACGAAUGAAUAGUCAGCAAGCUAUGACUGUUGCAGAAGCGCUAUAUACGAAAGGCUUCAUCAGCUAUCCCAGGACGGAAACUGAUCGAUUCGACAGUGGAAUGAACCUUAGGGCACUGGUUGAGAAGCAAGUACAGGAUCAGCGCUGGGGACAGUUCGCUCAGGGUCUCGUUCAAGGGGGCUUCAAACAACCAAGAGAAGGCAGGAAUGACGAUAAAGCUCAUCCUCCUAUCCACCCUGUGACCUGGGUUGCGCCAAAUGCUCUAAAUCAAGAAGAAGGACGAGUCUACGAGUUCGUCACACGUCGCUUCCUAGCAUGUUGUGCUGAAGAUGCCAAAGGACAAGCAUCAGAUGUUGAGAUCGAAUAUGGCGAAGAGAUUUUUGGAGCUCAUGGUCUGGUUGUCCUAGAGCGCAAUUACCUGGACGUUUAUCCGUACGAAAAUUGGACAAGCAGCGUGCCCUUACCUCAGUUCACUUUGAAUGAGAGAUUUGAACCUACAGAAGCUAUGAUGACGGAGGGAAAGACAUGUGCUCCCGGCUACUUGACCGAGCCAGAUCUGAUUGCCUUGAUGGAUGCGAAUGGCAUUGGAACAGACGCCACGAUGGCCGAACACAUCCAGAAGAUCAAGGAACGGAAUUAUGUUUUUACUCGCCCGCACGGUAGCCGAGGAGGAGGCAAUAAUGAUGACAACGCUCCAGCAGCUCGAGGCGCUCGAGGUGGCCGUGCUCGAGGCGGAAGAGGAGGUCGUGGUGGCAGAGGAGGUGCUGCCGCCGGGGGUGACCGACCUGGUGGAAUCGAAGAAUUUAUACCAUCAACACUUGGUGUAGCACUUGUGGAUGGUUACGACAAGAUGGGGUUUGAGAUAAGUCUCAGCAAGCCAUUUCUGAGGAAGGAAAUGGAGCUGAGAAUGAAGGACAUAUGUGACGGACGUCUCACUCGCGAUGCCGUUUUGAGAGAGUCUCUGAGACAAUAUAGGAACGUCUUUGACCAGUCCAGAGAGCGGAUAGAUAUUUUGAAGGCGUCCUGCAGAAGAUAUGUGCUGAACGGAGGAGUUUGAUACCCAAUUAUUAUUUCUAGAUUACUGCAUUGUCACGUUGCUGGUGUUGGCACUUCGAUUUGU